ACGCUCGCAUGACGUAUUUCCUCUAAAUACUGGCUUCGGGGAAACAACAUCGCCAACCCAAGCCUGAAGUACAAAAAUACAGAAUAAUCUGCAUCUGGAGCGCUGGUUUCCGCCUGGAACGUAUUCACAGCAACACUUAACUAUUAACACACAAAAUGCCCCAGAACGAGCACAUUGAGUUGCACCGCAAGCGGCAUGGCUACCGCCUUGACCACCAUGAAAAGAAGAGGAAGAAGGAGAGCCGUGAGGCCCACGAGCGGUCCCACAAAGCCAGGAAGAUGAUCGGGUUGAAGGCCAAGCUGUAUCACAAACAGAGGCACGCCGAGAAGAUCCAGAUGAAGAAGACCAUCAAAAUGCAUGAACAGAGGAAGACCAAGCAGAAGAAUGAUGAUAAGACCCCAGAAGGAGCAGUGCCAGCCUACCUGCUAGACAGAGAGGGACAGUCCCGCGCCAAGGUCCUCUCCAACAUGAUCAAACAGAAGAGGAAAGAGAAGGCCGGUAAAUGGGAGGUGCCCCUGCCAAAGGUGCGUGCCCAGGGAGAGACAGAGGUGCUAAAAGUAAUCAAAACUGGAAAGAGGCAGAAGAAGGCAUGGAAGAGAAUGGUCACCAAAGUUUGCUUCGUCGGCGAUGGCUUCACCCGUAAACCCCCAAAAUAUGAGCGUUUCAUCAGACCAAUGGGUUUGCGCUUUAAGAAGGCCCACGUCACCCAUCCAGAGUUGAAAGCCACAUUCUGCCUUCCCAUCCUAGGCGUGAAGAAGAACCCUUCAUCACCCCUCUACACCACCCUGGGGGUCAUCACCAAGGGAACAGUCAUAGAGGUCAAUGUCAGUGAGCUGGGUUUGGUUACACAAGGAGGAAAAGUUAUCUGGGGUAAAUAUGCCCAGGUGACGAAUAACCCCGAGAAUGACGGCUGCAUUAAUGCAGUUCUUCUUGUGUAGGACUUUGACCUUUUUAUAUGGACUGUGCCUGUUAACGCCAGAGAAUUCACAUUUGGAGUGUGCUGUCAGAGAGGACGAGGAACACAAGGGUUCAACAAGCAGUGAGCACACACAGGAACAUCAGGAAAAGCAUCCAUGGUGCACUUUGCAACCCAAGAUAUUUCUGUACCCGGAAUACUCACGAAUGAAAAUGAAAAGAAAUUAAAAUUUGUUAUAAUAAAGCUGAUGUGACUUUCUGUGAAA